CAUAGACUCUGAGCCCAGCGAUGGGUUUACAUCCCAGCUGCCUGGCUCUGUGACCUUUUCUGCCUAUUUCCUCAGCAUUAAAAUAGGUUAAUAGCAGUCCCUACCUCACAAGGCUUUUGUGAGGAUGAAAUAUUAGUAUGUUAAACACGCAUUUAGAAUAUUGUCUAGAAUGUGAAAGCAUUCUGAAAGUUUACCGAUUAUCAUUACUGUUAUCAUUAACAGUUCCCCAUUUUGAAGGUCUCGCUGAUAGUUCCAGACUUUACCUGACUUCUUGUCAUAGGAACACCUCUGCUUUCACCUGGUGUGUGCUGAGGAGGAAUAUGAGUGCCCAGAGCGGAAGUGCCCGCCGCCAUCUUCUUCUGUUGACCUUGUUGCCCAUGUUCAUCAUAUUCAACCAGUAGUUUCUUUGCGGGAACCUUUAAGCCGUUUGUCCAUUUUAUGAGUGUUCUUAAAUUAAAAAGUUAAAACCGUAUCAAAAUGUCAUUCACAAACCCAUUUAACUAGACACUUUGGAGACCACUGAAUUAAAAGCCUGGGGUUUUUAAAUACUCAUUUCCAUGGGUGUGUUAGUAAAGAUUUAAAAAAGUUAUAGAUGGUUCAACUUUUUCAAACCUAAACGUGCUCUUGUAAUUGUGAGGGGAACUGGAAAAAAAAUUAACUCUCCUGAGUGUCUCUAGCAGAUUGGGCAUAGGGUGAGAAAGCUGGUCUCCACAGGUGUAGCUUGUGUUUGAAGUACCCUUGAUUCACAGCACAGAACCUCUGUUUCAUGUACAAAUGCAAGUUGAAAAGGGAAGGCAUAUGCAUUUUGUCCUUUUUGUAAAGCAAAUUCUUUUAAGGCAGGCCCAUAAUAUGGCCUUCUGUAUGUAUGUCUUGUGUGGCCCAACAGUUGUUUUUAAUGGGUGACUCAAUCAGUUAAGUGUCUGACUUCAGCUCAGGUCAUGAUUUCACAGUUCGUGAGUUCGAGCCCCGCAUCAGGCUCUGUGCUGACAGCUCGGAGCCUGGAGCCUGCUUCGGAUUCUGUGUCUCUCUGUCUGUGUCUCUGCUCUGCCCCUCACCCCCACCCGCUCACAAUCUGUCUCUCUCAAAAAUAAGUAAGAAUGUUAAAAACAUAAUUAUUAUGGAAGAUUUUUACUUAUACUUACAUGUAAGUAUACACUGUAUAUUGUGUAAGUACGUGCUUAUACUCACAGCUUUUUACCUUGAGACAUAUUUCUAUAAUUAUGAAAUGCUUGGCAAUAACCUCACUUGGUACAUAAAGCUAAUUUCUUCAGUGCGUCAGUUUAUCUGCUGAAACCAAACACGAACUGGAUAUUGUUUGACAUUUGAGUCUCGCUGGUCUCCAGUAUGUUGUGUUCAUCCCCUUGAAGAGCCCAUAUGAAAACAAUGUCGUUUCUUCCUGUGGGUUUUGUUAAAAAAGAAUAAUGAACUGAGGACAUAAUAAAACAUAUAUCGUUACUCUAAAUUACACCAUUUCCUUGUAGGAAGCUCAGUGGUAUUCAUUUUGGUAGAACUUUAUAAAAUACUUUUAUUUCUUCUAGGUGGUUGGUUCUAGCUAUUGCCAUGGUACGUUUUUAUAUGGAAAAAGGAACACACAAAGGUUUAUAUAAAAGUAUUCAGAAGACGCUUAAAUUUUUCCAGACAUUUGCCUUGCUUGAGAUAGUCCACUGUUUAAUUGGAAUUGUACCUACUUCUGUGAUUGUGGCUGGGGUCCAAGUGAGUUCAAGAAUCUUUAUGGUGUGGCUCAUUACUCACAGUAUAAAACCGAUCCAGAAUGAGGAGAGCGUGGUGCUUUUUCUGGUCGCGUGGACUGUGACAGAGAUCACUCGCUAUUCCUUCUACACAUUCAGUCUUCUCGACCACUUGCCAUACUUCAUUAAAUGGGCCAGAUACAAUUUUUUUAUCAUCUUAUACCCUGUUGGAGUUGCUGGUGAACUUCUUACAAUAUAUGCUGCCUUACCCUACGUGAAGAAGACAGGAAUGUUUUCAAUAAGACUUCCUAAUAAAUACAAUGUCUCUUUUGACUACUAUUAUUUUCUUCUUAUAACCAUGGCCUCAUAUAUACCACUGUUUCCACAACUCUAUUUUCACAUGUUACGCCAAAGAAGAAAGGUGCUUCAUGGAGAGGUGAUUGUAGAAAAGGAUGAUUAAGUGAUCCCUGCAAACAAGGUGCUUUUUCCAGAAUAACCCGGAUUACUUGAGUCCAAGUUUUAAUAACAAGAAUAAACAACUUUAUGAAAUA